AUGUGCUGGGCUACCACAAUCACGCUCUCUUGCGUAGACUGCGACACGGUUAUUAACACUAAGCAUGAUUACGAGUAUCUAGCUCGUCCUGGUGUUUGCUUCGACUGUUUCACUAAGAAGAGAGAGCGUAGAAAGGAGAAGCAGGAAGAGGAGAAGAAGUUGAAAGAGAUGGAGGAGGAGGAGGAGAAUGAGGAAUAA